AUGCUAGGGCCACGGUGCUUACGGUGCGCGUUUUCGGCGUCGAUCGCCGGAGUGUUGCUAAUGGUGAUGCUGGGUUCCGUGGCAGGUGAUCGGUAUCAGGACAACAUUUUCUUCAACUACUACAAUUCGUCCGGUUCCUUGGUGCACAUCUACAACCUGGCUGAGGGUAAUACCUACGAGUACGACAAGGAUUGCCAUCCGGGCACGAAGUUUGCCAUCGUGGUGUUUGGGUGGAAGAUCAGCUGUGAUAAGUACUUCGUGCAGGAUCUCAUUGGUAAUCUAACCAAACACCGAGGGGGUUGCGUGAUGUGCAUGAACUACGAUCGCUUCGCACAGCUACCAGCUUACAGCCGUUUGAGGCGUAACUACAAAGAAAUCCACGGUGUGCUGAAGCAGAAACUAGAGUUCCUGGAGAAGGAAGGCUUCAGUGCGGACGAUGGAUACCUGUACGGGUUCAGUUUCGGAGCGCAAGUGGUGCUGGCCGCCGCCAAAGAGUACGGAACACGUAAACUGAAGGAAAUCGAUGUCUGUGAUAUCGUUGGCACCGGAUUCGACACAACGGACGUGAACGCACCGAACCAUCGUACGGCGGCCAAGAACGUCCAGUGCAUUCACACCAGCCGAAACUAUGGUACGCGCCACCGGACCAGUUGUCACCAGGACUGGAUCAUGGGUGAUUGUGGCAUCAAUCAGCUGGCUGCGCCACUUUCACCCUGGGGUUCGCACGGUGUCUGCUCACUGCUGUACAACAGUGCCUUCGAGCAUGAAUUCCUGGCCAGUGCGAAACCCUCAAACUGUACGGCAGAAUCGGAGGUAGUCUCGUGGCCGGCCGGCUUCCGCAUGGGCUACACUCAAGAACGUAAUCCCAACGUUCGGGGCCAACUGUUCUCACCGACAUUCGCCCAGUAUCCGUUCAACGUGAACAUCACCGCCAACUCCAGCCAAGGUAGUCUCGACAGUUUUGUCAUCCCAUCCCCCGGUGGCAACGAAAUUGAACAGUUGGGCUUCGAGUUUCGUUCCGCAGCGGACGACGUUCUACUGGACGGCGAGGAGGAGGAAACCGAUUCAAGCGAGAACGUUUAG